AUGCACACCAACACAGGAAUAAAGCGCAAACCCUUACCCCAGACCACCUCCCCGGACGGCACCAUCCGCGGCGUCAUAACGGUAUCGCCUUCACCAACACCACCGCCACAGCCAUGCAUAUCCUCCAAGCAGCAACUCCAAGUCCACCAACAACCACUAUCACCACGUCCUCAUCGCCCUCCACCACCCUACACACCACCCCUCCCUGUCCGCUCUGCAACCACCCACAAUGAGCCAUCCUAUCCAAGUCGUACCCCCUCGCCUCUCCCACCACCACCACCGCCCCCUCCUCGCUCCGCAACAACCCCAAACCCAACAGCGACAGGCCCCUCCACCGCCCAAAAGGCCUACAACGAAGCCACCCACUUCCUCGGCGGCCUCAUAACGCACCCCACAAGCAGCACAAAACACACCACCAUCCUGCGACACUCUUCCGGCAUUGUCUUCUACCGCGGCAGCACCACCUCCGUCACCAUCUCCAUCUUCUCCGACACCCCCCUCCCACCAACCCGCACACUCUACCUCCAAAGCAAAGGCUGGAGCGGCAAAACUGGAAUGAAAACAAAAGCAUUCCUCGGCCUCACCGACUCCUGGCUAAACGUCACCCCGACGCUCCCCGUGCACGUGCAGCAAGUCGACCCGGUGGAUGAGCGCGCGUGGCAGCGCGACAUUGGAAAAUUUCGCAAGAAGGCGACGGGGCGCGAGAGACAGCAUGUGCUGCGCGAGACGAUGGUGGUGAGGAUCCCUGUUGAGGCCGGGGAUGGGUAUUUCCAGCUUGUGCUUUGUGGGGAUGGGGAGAAUAGGAGGAAGGUUAUGUGCUAUAGUCCAGUGUUUCGGGUGUUGUCGACCAGUUUGAGUCCUAGUUCGUGUAGGGGGGCUAGUUUGUCGACUAUGCCGUUGGAGGUCGGGGCUAUGGUGCUGGGGAUGUAUGUUCAGACUGCUGCUGAGGCGGUCGUGGCGCCGGUUACGGCCGCCGUGCAGAGUAAGGUGCAGCCGUAUCAGCCGAGUUGGGUGACGCAAACGGCGGCGGAGACGGCGGUUUCGGUUAGUGGGGUCGGGGAUAGGGUUGGGUCGGUGUUGGGGGUUGGUGGGGAUGAUGAUGAUGGGGGAGGGAGUGGGAGUGGGAAUGGGAAUGGGUUGAGGGAUGUGCAAGCAGGGUAUCAGCUUGCGCUGGAGGAGGGGCCGAAGGCACCGUUUCCGGUAUAUCUUACGGCGAGGGUGGAGGUGGGAGAUAGUGAUGGGCUUCGGUUUAGGGUAGGUAAAGUGCCUGAUAUGGUGCUGGAUCGGUAUCGGGGGUUUUUCUUUGGGUGGGCGAGAGUUGAGGGUGUUGAGGCGACAGCGGAGAGAGGGCCUGGUUCAGCCUCAGGAACGUGGCAGGGCGUCGUGUUUUCGAUUGUAUACUUUGAUCUGAUACAACAGGAACGCGUCAAUCUCUCGCGCGCUAUGCAGAAGAUCACGACUGUCCGCUUCAUCGAUGAACCCGCUGUGCCGGUACGAUCUCAAACCAAGCUUCAGAUUCGGAUCAUGGGUUUUCUCCGUCCAGAUGUACCUCCGCCUAGAGGCCAGACAGAAAAGGAUCUCAUAGCUGCUCGCGAGGCGGCUGCUGAGGCGGCCAUGUUAGCUGAUGCAUGCGAUAUGUCGUAUGCGCAGAGCAUUCUCGAACAUCCUGCUUGGGCAGCAGAUAGGUCCUUCUCGGGGACGCGAGCUAUAAACACCAACGGAGCGAGCGGAAGUGGAAGUGGAGGCUGGAUGGAUAGAACUAGAGAAGGUGUGGAGAACGUCAAGUAUCGAGGGCAGAAGCUAGCGGAGAAGGUUCCCUUGCAUUGGAUCGGGGUUAGGGCUCCGACGUAUGAGGCAAGGGAUAAACAGAUUGCCGUGAAUGGGUUUUAUAUCGCUCGGGGGUGA